AUGGAAAAAGGUAUUCCAUUCAUGGAAAAAAAUUUUUUAAAAGCUGGAAUAGCAAUACUUGUAUCAGAUGAAUGGGCUUUAAAUAAAGACUGUUACAAGAGACAAAGAAGAACACUGCAUAAUGAUGAAGGGAUCAACCCAAGAAGAAGACAACAAAUACAUAUGCAUCCAGCACCUCAAUAUAUAAGGCAAAUCCAGAUGGCACUAGUGGUAAAGAACCUGCCUGCCAAUGCAGGAGACCUAAGAGAUGAAGGCUGGAUCCCUGGGUCAGGAAGAUCCCCUGGAGAAGGAAAUGGCAACCCACUCCAGAGAAUUCCAUGGACAGAGGAGCCUGGCAGGCUACAGUCCGUAGAGUCUCAAAGAGUCAGACACAGCUGA